AUGUCACAUAAAAGCUUUAAGGAAAUCAGGAAAGUAAACAUUUCCAGCUCCUUGGAGUCUGAAGAUAUUAGCUUAGAAACCACAGUGCCAACUGAUGAUGUUUCCUCCUCUGAAGAGAGAGAAGGUACUGUUAAAAUCACUAAGCAGCUGAUUGAACGGAAAGAGUUGCUCCAUAAUCUUCAACUGCUUAAAAUAGAAUUAUCGCAGAAAAACCUGAUGAUUGACAACCUGAAGGUAGAAUAUUUGACCAAGAUUGAAGAGCUAGAAGAGAAGCUUAAUGAUGCAAUCCAUCAAAAGCAGCUGUUGUCUUUACGACUGGAUAGCCAGCUGGCAUUACAGCAAGAAGAUGCUAGAAAACAUCAGGCUCUAAUGAAACAAGAAAUGGAAACUAUUUUAUUGAGACAGAAGCAACUGGAGGACACAAAUCGCCAACUAAGGGAGAGGGCUGGAGAUAUCCGUCGUAGUUUGCGAGACUUGGAAUUGACAGAUCAUAGCUAUGAGAAGCUAAAGUCUCUUCCUGAAGAUGAGCUUUCUAUCCCUGAAUAUGUUUCUAUCCGAUUCUAUGAAGUAGUCCAUUCCUUAAGGAAAGAACUAAGUGAUCUACAGAUGAAAAAGGAGAGCUUAGUAGAAGAGUUAAGUGGCUACAAAUCCCAACUGAAGCGUCUUACAGAGAGCUAUGAAGAGGAGAGGAGAAGUCGGUCAGAGCUUGAGGUUAGAUGCCAGCGUUUAACACUGGAGCUGGCUGAUACCAAGCAGAUGAUUCAGCGAGCAGAUUACAGACAAGAGAACUAUGAUAAAGUAAAAUGUGAACGUGAUGUAUUUGAACAUGAAUUGUCAGAACUCAGAAGAAAAUAUGAAAUACUGGAGGUGUCACACAAAGCACAAGCUAAAGAAAGAAAUGACUUAUCAAAAGAGUUGGCAACCAUACAACAAUCCCUCAACUUGUUGCAAAAAGAUAAAGAUUAUCUUAACCGCCAGAACAUGGAGCUUAGUGUUCGCUGUGCACAUGAAGAAGACCGUCUUGAAAGACUUCAGAUUCAGCUGGAGGAUGCCAAAAAAGCCAGGGAAGAAAUGUAUGAAAAAUACGUUGCAUCCAGAGACCACUAUAAAACAGAAUAUGAAAAGAGACUCAAUGAAGAGUUGGAGCAAAUCAGGUUGAAAACAAAUCAAGAAAUUGAUCAAUUAAGAAGCACUUCAAAAGAGAUGUAUGAACGUGAAAACAGAAAUUUGAGAGAGGCAAGAGAUAAUGCUGUUGCUGAGAAAGAAAGAGCAGUUAUUGCUGAGAAGGAUGCCUUAAGAAAAUACGAUCAACUCCUCGAACAGUAUAGACAAAUGCAGCUUGGCACAGAAAGCAAAGUAGCUGAACUUCUUCACCAAAGUAAGUUGAAGUCCUUUGAAUGUGAACAUGUUCAACUCAUGCAACAAGAAACAGCUAAGAAUCUUUCACAAUGCCAAAUGGAAUGUGAGAAAUAUCAGAGAAAACUGGAGGUGCUUACGAAGGAAUUUUAUAGUCUUCAGUCUUCUAGUGAAAUGCGCAUCACUGAACUUCAAACACAGAAUUCUGAGUUGCAAGCAAGGCUAGAUACUUACGAAAAACUUGAGAAAGAGCUUGAUGAGAUAAUAUUGCAGACAGCAGAAAUGGAAGAUGAAGCUGAAGCUGAAAGAGUUCUCUUCUCAUACGGUUAUGGUGCUAAUGUUCCUACAACAGCCAAAAGACGACUAAAGCAAAGUGUUCACUUAGCAAGGAGGUUACUGCAGCUAGAAAAGCAAAACUCGUUGCUUGUAAAAGAUCUGGAACAUCAGAAGGAACAAGUAACACAGAUUUCACAAGAGCUUGACAGAGCAAAUUCUUUGUUGAGUCAAGUACAACAGCCGUACAAAUACCUCAUUGAAACUGUGCAACAGAGAGAUUCUCAAAUAAAUCUACAGAAAGAACGUAUUACACAACUUGAAAAAGAUUACAGUCUUUUAAAUAAAGAAAAGACAGCUUUGCUGCGUGUCAAGAAUCAAAUGGCAGCAGAUUUGGAGAGACUUCUAAAUCACCGUGAGGAACUAGCCACAAUGAAACAGAUUCUAAUUAGUCUACAUGGUAAACACUAUGAGCAAAAUUUACCUCAGCCUCAUACUGAUGUAAAAAGUGCCAUGGCAAAAAACAAAACAAACCCUUCAGUAAAACUACUGCCAGAACAUGAAGAUGGGAAUGUGUUUACACCUAAGCCAACACUAUUUACAAAUAAAGAGGCACCUGUAUGGUACAAGAAACUGCAGAAGAAAGCAUCACCAUAG